AUGCGGAGGAUCCUGUUGCCACGUCUGGCGACAUACCGGCCCUUAGGCUUGGGUGGUAUGGUGCGCGCGCGCUCUCUCGGCCUGCGCUUCAACUCCUCGCAGCCACAAGCAACGGAGACAGGCACACUACCCUCCUUCUUCUCCCCGCCUGCGUCCGAGAUGGCCAAGCCGUUCUACGUGACCACGCCGAUCUUCUACGUCAACGCGUCCCCCCACAUCGGGCACUUGCACACCGUUGUGCUGACGGACGUGUUUGCCCGCUUCUCGCGCCUCCGGCACCCCGACCGACAGGUUGUAUUUAGCACCGGAACGGACGAGCACGGUCUCAAGAUCCAGCAGGCCGCAGCCAAGGCCGGGACCUCGGAACAGGCGUUCUGCGACGACGUGUCCCAGCGGUUCCGUGACCUCUCGUUACGCGCGAAUAUCAGCCACACCGACUUUAUCCGUACCUCUGAAGAACGGCAUUACGCUGCAGUCGAGGCGUUCUGGGCCAAACUCGUCGCGAGCGGAAACAUCUACAAGGGAACACAUGAGGGAUGGUACUCUGUUUCAGACGAGAGCUUCUUCAGCGCCAAGCAAGUGGAGGAGCGGGAUGGGGUCAUGAUCGCGACUGAGACGGGGAACGAAGUUACUUGGGAGACGGAGGAGAACUGGAAGUUCCGCCUCGACGCGUACAAGCCCCAGCUUGAGGCGUGGUUGGCCAACCCAGAGUCUGUGACACCUGCACACUACCACACCGCGAUCAUGAAGGAGGUUGAGGCGGCAGGCGAACUGUCCAUCUCCCGCCCGUCGAGCCGCGUCAAGUGGGGCGUUCCUGUUCCGGGUGACGAGUCCCAGACGAUCUAUGUCUGGGUCGACGCACUCAUCAACUACCUCACCGUCGCGGGAUACCCGAAUGCCCACGACGCGUGGCCGGCCGACAUGCACGUCGUGGGGCAGGACAUCAUCCGCUUCCACGCGUUCCACUGGCCCGCUUUGCUGGCUGCAGCGGGCGAGGCCAUGCCGAAGCGCGUACGUGCCCACGCACACUGGACGAUGCACAAGGCCAAGAUGUCCAAGAGCAGGGGUAACGUCGCCGACCCCCUCGCGGCAAUGGACAAGUUUGGGGCAGAUGGUGUGCGAUGGUACCUCAUGCGUGCGGGCGGUUCUCUUCCGCGCGACAGCGACUACUCGGAAUCUGAGCUCGAGGCAAGCUACGGCCGCCUACAGGACCAGCUUGGCAACCUCGUCUCGCGCCUCUCCUCGCCCAAGGUUCUGGCCAACGUUUCCUCUUUCAAGAGCGUGCCUCACUUGGAUGCGGCCCUCGGUGGGCUGCGAGACCAAGUCGAGGCCCACUUCGAGGAGUGCAACAUUUCCGCAGCGUGCGAGGCAGUACUGAGCAUGCUCGGCGAAGUGAACAAGUUCUUCACCGAGUCGGCGCCGUGGCGAGGCGACGGAACGGCAGCGGUGGUUUACGCGUACGAGGGCCUGAGACUGGCAGGUAUCCUCACCUCCCCCAUCCUGCCGAGUAAGAGCGUCGAGCUUCUUGACCGUAUCUCGGUUCCCCCCGAGAAACGGACAUGGCAGAAUGCAGUCGUGACGCCGGACGUGGACGUGAUUGUAUCGCGUGUAGGGGAGGGGAUUAAGGCGUUUAAGGGUGCCCCUCCUCUCUUCCCAAAGAUCGACGACGACUCUGCACAGCACAUGUUAAACUUACACAACGGGCGCAAGCGCAAGUAG